GUAGUGUUGCUUAGCGGUGCCGAGCUUGUGCGAGGAGCAGAGCAUCGCGUCCAUGGAGACCCAGCAGGAGACGGCCAAAGCGGGUGCGGCGGUGGCGCCGCCGGGGGUCGACGGCGAGUCGGCAGGCGGCGGAGGAGUUCUCGACAAUGGACCUCCGGCGCCAACAACAGCACAGCGAGGACCAGCGGCUACAGGUUCAGCAACUGACAGAGACGCGGUGCUUGCCAAGGUGGAGAUGAAUCGGAAGCUGUCGAUGGUGAAGGCAUGGGAGGAGAACCAGAAGAGCAAGGCCGACAACAGGGCCGAGCACAAGAUGUCGUCCAUCCUAUCAUGGGAGAACACCAGGAAGGCAGCAGUCGAAGCCAAGCUCCGAACACGGGAGGAGAAGCUGGAGAGGAAGAAGGCGGAGUACGCGGAGAAGAUGCGGAACCGGAUCGCGAUGAUCCACAAGGAGGCGGAGGAGCAGCGGGCCGCCGUGGAGGCGAGGCGGCAGGAGGAGAUGAUCAAGUGCCAGGAAAUGGCCGCCAAGCACCGGUCACAAGGGACAACGCCCAAGAAGAAAUUCCUCGGCUGCUUCGGAUGAGCAAGAGUGAAGGAGGGUGUGAGCUAUUUAUUGGCUGACCAGAAGAUGUGCUCAGCUGUUCUUGCUCUGCUCCUUUGCAACAUCGACCGUAGGCUUGGAUCAUGCAUGUAUGCAUUGUACUUUGCGAGCUCUACUGCUAGCUUUUGUGUAGUGUAAUGUAAGAGAUGCACAUACGUAAUGUAAUAAUUUUUUCAUG